CAGUACAACUCCAGCUGAUUGAGAGCAGUGCCUCUAAAAUUGGAAAUCAUAUCCUAUCAGCCAUUCAGCUGUCACCUAUUUGCUCUGAAAACGAGUCCUUGAGGCUAGCUUGCAUCGUACUCUCUAGGACAUACUUUCUCUAUGCUCAAAGCCCUGGCUGCCAGAAGAUACGUUGGAAGAUUGAAAACGGCAAAACCCACCAUCAUUAACACUACAUACACCAUAUACGCGAUUGCACAGAGCCGUGAUCAUGAACAUCCCUGAGCCUCUUUUUCAUUGCUUCAAAUGCCGUAAAGUGUUCUCUUGUCGGCUGGCCAUGCGGAAACAUGUGAAGGCCUAUGCGGGUCAAACCGGGUGCAAGCCGUGUUGUCGUGAGGACCAUAUUCAUCAGAGUAUCCAAGAAGAAUUUGACACAAUGGAAGAGGCGUACAAGUGGUAUUAUUCCAAUGAGCUUGACCGAUACAUUUCGGGUUAUACAACUAUACCGUCGCUGAAAUCGUUCAAAUGCUCUCAAAGAACAAAUAGUCAAAAAGGGGCGAAGAAAACAAAAAAAUUGUUUAAUUGUCCAGCCAAGAUGUCAUUCAGACGUGCUGAAGUUUGCAUGUGUAGUGAUGUCAGUCAGGACAGAUGUACGAUUCAGCAAUUUCGGAUCCUUGUGUAUGGUUGUGUGGCCCACUCUCACCCUAUGGAACAAAAGUAUUUCCGUUUGUCAAAAGUAACCAAAGACCGCAUUCGCACGUACCUCAAAAGCGGCAUGUCAAUUAAAGAUAUCCUUACCCAACAUUUUGCAUCGCCUGAAGACGAUCCCAAUAGCAAACCCGUUUUGUCAAGCGAUAUAUACCGAAUUGCUAAGGCCAGUAACCUCUUGAAUAAGGCAAAUAUUUUGCCCCUUGAAAACACAACUGCGGAGUCCUCUUCAAACAAUUUGAAUGAAGAAUUGGCAAUGGAAACAGGAUCAUUUGGCAAUCCGGAGGAACAAAAUACCUCUCAAACCAUUGAAGUUCAAACUAUCACGGACCAAGAGAUGGCAAAUUUUCGGAUGGAGUUUUCGUUGUUACGCGAAAAGACACUACAAAUCGACUUUAUUCUGGCAUCUCCGGACUUUAAGAUUGAUGAAAAGCGGGCCGUUAUGCAUUCAUUGAGGACUCUCCCCAUUCAAGAGGUGGAAAUCCCUCCAAUCAAAUCUGCCAAAAUUUCCCGAGUAAAACGAAAGAAAGCUUAUCGUUCUCGCUUUCUUGAAAUGUGAACCAUGAAUGCCUGAAAGGGAUAUUAUGAUUACGUCAUCCUAGCAAUAACGAUCUAGAGACGUGGUUCUCCACGUUCAACUUUGAUUUCAUCACGAAACAUUUAGUUAUGGUGUGGACUUGUUUAACAAGUCAGACAGAAUGUUGUUCUGAACAAAACCAGAAAUUAUUUCCAGUUUCCGUUCUCUGUUCCGAACGCAAGUAUGAUUCACGACAAGGUGGUUAAAUAUAAAACAGAAACGUCCGUAAAUCAAAACUUACUAAAACAUGGAAUGGGUACUUAACUACUAUGACUUUAUUGUGACUUUGUUCAAUUUCAAUUAUUUUCAAUUGCUUUUUAAUUAAAUUGUCCUCUCCUCUUGUACAAAAACUCAGUCAUUUGCAAAUGUUGUACGGACCCCGUUUUGAAAUUUUCUUAUUUAGUUGUAUACGAAUUUUCUUGUGGGAUUUUAACAAGAUUUACUUUCAUUGUCUGAAUGGCGUUAUUGGUGUUUCAGACAUGUUCAUAUUUUCAUAAGAAUUGUCUUUUUUUUUAGACUACUUUCCUUCGAACUAUUUAGAGCAAAAAAAGUAGAAUUGCCCACUUGGCUCACGCAACCUAUAUUGCUGAACAACGGUUAAAAUCUUAGCCAUCCUACACUUUGGCCGGUGAACUGCAAAAUGCACAUUUACCUUCGCCAAGUCUGUUGUGAUGUUUCGUCAAUUGGUCGAUACACUGUCGGAAGAGUGAUGAGCUGAGCCAUCAAAACAUAUAAGCCCUUUGUGCUGAUUUACAGUACUUACUAAAAGAAAUGGACAAUUUUGCAGCAUCAAGCAUCAAAUCAUCAUGGGCUAAUGUGAAUCUCUGGGAAAUAAUAUAUCACAAGGCUUUAGACAACCCUAACACUACUAACGAGGAUGGGUUACAGUUCAUCGUCAAUGAAAUUCGACGGCUUCUGCGGGACGUAUCGACUUUUUUCCAUUGUGUGUUCAAGGAUGCUCCCGACGAAGAAUCCCUGUCUUGCGUGGAGGAUCUUUUGGAUGUUUGGAUGUCUCUCAAAGACAGUCAUCUUCAGCCAGACGAAUCCUUGAACAAACUAGAUGCAGUUUAUCCCGAGUUGAAGAAGUUCUUAAGAGUUCCUAAUACUGAAUCAUCUCGAGACAAAGCUGUCGUAGCAAUUACUCAUCAUGAUACUUCCAAGCGAUCACCUAGUGACACGGAUGAUGCCGACAACAUCGAGGAGAUCGCGAAUGAGGAAGCCAAAGUCCUGAGUCCUGACACGAAUUUGGAAGGCUUUAAACCAUCACCUCAAAAUGUGCCUCUUGAGCAAAUAUGUCAUCGCCGAAAGAAGUCCGAUGCGUCUUCAAAUCACACCAUGCAAAUCCAGGAUCAGAAUGAAGAGACCAAAAAUUUUGACUGUGAGCAAUGUGAUGAACAGUUUUUCAACAAGAAAACUAAAUCUCUCCAUAUUCGGACUAAACACGUCAAGAAAUACGAAUGUCAAUUGUGCGGCCUUAGGGUUGGCAGCCCGUACCAAUUGGAACGCCACCAUUGGACCCAUAACGGCGAAAAGCCUUAUGAGUGCGAUCAAUGUGAAUAUAGAUCCGCGCGAAAGGGUAACUUAGACAAGCAUAAAGGGGAAAAACAUGGCGACUUCGGAGACCGUAGCUGCUUCUGCGAAAUAUGCGGGGUCCCGUUCCAAACUCCGGGAUCUUUGAAGUAUCAUAUUCAAAUGAAGCAUGUUCGUCGAGAAAAUCGCCCGGUCAAAGACGAAAAACCCUUCCAAUGUGAUCGAUGCGAGUACAAGUUUAGUAGCCAAUUUCAUCUGAAUCAGCAUGUUUAUGCCAAGCAUGAAUUUGAUGGAGUCAAGAGAUUUUGCUGUGAGUUAUGCGGAAAAUCCUACAAAAGCGGAAAUACUCUGAAAGGUCAUCUGCGAUUUGUUCAUUGGGGAGAGCAACGGCGAAAAUCCUCACAAAGGAGCUCAAAUAAGGUUAAAAAUGACGAGUCUUAUUACAUUCUUCUUGAGUUUCUUCGUGGUUGUGGCGUUCAUUUUUGGCGAAUGAUGGAUCCAUCCAUCAAACCUGAGCCCUGUGACAUCAACGAAUGUGGUCCAAAUGACCCAGUCCCAACGGUUCCAUCUUUAUCGCGAAUCCUGGAUAACUUAUCUCGGGACCAGCUUUUGAGUCUGCUACAACCGCGCUUCUUUGACAAAGUCUCAUUUUGGGACAUGUUAUAUUGGAAAGCGACCAAAUGCAAACCUGAUGGUGCGUAUGGUUUCCAAGUUCUGCUCCAAGACUUGGAAUGUUUACUCCAAGAAAUGGAACAUUUUAUUCAGAACGUCUUUCAAUUGGACGCCGGGAAGCAUCCCAGUGGUAAAAAUCGAUCUAUGAAUGGUGUCAUCAAAUCUUGGGAACUGCUCGGGAUCUACUGUGAGCCAAAAUCUGGGGAAGAAUUGAAGAGGUUAGCCCAAAGAUAUCCCGGAAUGGAACACAUUUUUCCCGGGGACUUUGACAAGCAAAAGCAAGCCAAACGACUAGAAGAUGUCGAAAUGAAAGAAGAAGACGGAUUUGAUGCCAUUGAUUUAGAAAGUAAUAAUAGAAACGAUCCUUUAGAAGGUGAUGAUGAACGUAUCGUCAAAGCUGGAAACGAAAGUGGGGUGGAUUUGAACAAGCUCAGCGAGGAUGAAGACCACUUUGACUCCGAAUUGUUAUCAGAUGGACCUGCAUGUGAUGAGAUGAGCGAGCUUGAAGAUCUAACGUGUUCUGCGUGCUUUAAAGUGUUCUCUGAUCAGAAUAUCUUUGAAAAGCAUGUGCCUGAUUGCUCCCAGUUGCCGGAAUGUGAAAAAUGUGGGAAACAAUUCCCAAGAUGUAAAAGCAAGAAACGAUACCAUGCACAUAUUAAGCGUUGUGCAGGAUCAACUGAUUCAGGAACUCGAUGGAAGAGUCUGUCUGCUAACGAGUUCAUUUGUUCGGUUGAAGGUUGUCUGAAUGAAAAUGUUUUUCAGACCCUAAAUGCCGUAAAAGAGCACGUGACCGAACAUCACGCCACCUGCGCCACUUGUGAAACGCAAUUCAGCCAUAAACCGCAGGAGUGGAUCUCGGAUCAUAUCAAGAGUUGCAAGGGAAGACGACAAAAAAAGAAACCCAAGUACAAAAAGGUUGGAACCAAACAAUUCAUUUGUUCAUUCGAAGGUUGCUCCUAUAAUCAAGUAUUUAAGACCACAAAGGCGGCGAGAUUUCAUUUCUUUAACGAACACACCACUGAAGAGGAUAAAAUAUAUCCUUGCAGCUUUUGCGAGACCAAAUUUGCUUUCAUCACAGCCCGAACACGUCAUAUCAACCUCAAGCAUAUCAAGAAGUAUAAGUGUGAUUUAUGUGGAAGAGCUUUCGGCGAACCCAAUCAGCUAGCCAAGCACCAGAAAACUCAUAGUGGAGAGAAACCAUUCUCUUGUGAACAAUGUGGAAAUCGCUUUUCAAGAAAAAGCAAUUUGGAUCAGCACAAGCAGACUGUCCAUGGUGAUUUUGGUAAACGAGAUUGCUACUGCGAGGUAUGCGGCAUGCCUUUUGCAUCUGUCAGCUCAUUAAAGGUACAUAUCCUCAUGAAGCACACUCGUCAAGAAAAUGCUCCCCCGAAGGAGGACAAACCUUAUCAUUGUGACAAAUGUGAUUAUCGUGCCAGCUGCCCAGCCCACUUGCGAAGUCAUGUUGAAUCGAGACAUGAUUUUGACGGCAUCAAGAAGUUCUUCUGCGAGAUUUGCGGCAAUGCCUUCAAAGGAAUGAACACACUCAGGGGUCAUCUGAGGUUCGUUCACGGUGGAGCCAAGCGAAAGAAAUAUGCCAAAAAUGACGACAAUGUAAAUCAAAGUUGAAUUCAGGCAAUUACUUCAGUUGAAGUGUCCUCGUUUGAACCUCAUUGUUUUUGAGAAGAUUAAAAGAAGAAAGUAUUUUUCUGCUCGUAGCGCAC